AUGUCCCACCAAACUGGAAUUAACGCAACAUCUGAGCUGAGAGAGUUUCUGGCCGGGGCGAAGGGAGGGGCCAUCCGAAUCAUGAAGAUUGUCAUCAGAAAUGAGGAGUUGGUGUUAGAUUCAUUCAGAGAGCCGGCAUCCAGCUGGGACAGAGACUACGACCAGUGCCUGCUGCCUCUCCUCCCGCCUCGGGAGCCCUGCUACAUCCUCUAUCGUCUGGACUCCCAGAAUGCACAGGGAUACCAGUGGGUCUUCAUUGCCUGGUCACCUGACCAAUCAGCAGUGAGGCAGAAGAUGAUGUAUGCAGCGACCCGUGCCACACUGAAGAAAGAGUUCGGAGGAGGUCACAUCAAAGAUGAAAUGUUUGGCACAGUCGAGGAGGACGUGUGCUUCCAGGGAUACCUGCGUCACAUGUCGUCCUGCUCCUCCCCAGCUCCUCUCACAGCUGCCGAGCAGGAACUGCAACAAAUUAAAUUCACAGAGGUUACAAUGGAGUUUGGCUUAGACAAAAGGCCACAGGCUCUUCAGGGCCUCGCAUUCCCGUUACAAGAAGAGGCCAAACGAGCUCUGAAGCAACUCAAACAGAAACGCAUCAACUACAUACAACUGAGGCUGGAUGUAGAGCGAGAGACCAUCGAGCUGGUUCACACCAAACCCACAGAGACCCACGAUCUUCCCUACAGGAUCCCAACAGAUUCACCCAGAUACCACUUCUUCAUCUUCAAACAUUCCCACCAGGGUCAGCUGCAGGAGGCGCUGGUGUUCAUAUACUCGAUGCCUGGCUACACCUGCAGUAUCAAGGAGAGGAUGUUGUACUCCAGCUGUAAGAACAGGCUACUGGACGAGGUGGAGAGAGACUACCAGCUGGAGGUCACCAAAAAGAUGGAGAUAGACAGUGGCGAUGGUCUGACAGAAGACUUCCUGUACGAGGAGGUGCACCCGAUGGAGCACACCUUAAAGCAGGCCUUUGCCAAGCCGCGUGGACCAGGAGGCAAGAGGGGCAACAAACGCCUCAUCAAGGGCGCGGGCGAGAACGGCGAAGAAAGUUAGAUGCUGUACACACACAUAAUAUAAACAAGAAGAAAACCGAUACCCGAUAUGUAUGAAUUGACUUGUUAUUUGACCGUUUAACUUCUAGCCAUUCCUACUUUAUUUUGACUCAAGGACGCACGCACACAAAGAUAGAUCCACCGUGAAGCAGAAAUGUGAAAAUGAGAAUAUUUUUGUGAAAUUAAAGCCAAGAUACUAAAUUCAA